AUGUCGGUCAAACAAUUUGUUGAGGACUCUAUCAGCGGCAACAAAGUCACCAUCUUCUCAAAGUCUUACUGCCCAUACUGCAAGAAGGUCAAGACGUUGUUCAAGACCGACUUCCCAGAGGAGGAGCCUAAGAUCAUCGAACUCGACGAACGCGAUGACGGAGCUGACAUCCAGGAAUAUCUCUACCAGAAGACUGGUCAAAGAACUGUUCCCAAUGUCUUCGUCAAGCAACAGCACAUCGGAGGCAACGAUGACACCACCGCGUUCCACAAGGCAGGAAAACUUACUCCUCUCAUCAAAUCUGAUGCAAAUUCUCGUCUCUAG